AUGCUUGCAAAGUCUGCCGUCAGGCCUACAGAUAUAAACACACAUGCCACGGAAAGGCGUUUCGACGCCAUAAACACGUACGUAGGUGGUUGCGCACAGGUCACUGGAAGUCACCGAGGUCCCAUCCGGCUCUUCCGUCAGCCUACGUUCCAACACCCUGCUCACCAGGUCUUUACUCUCUUAACGACUCCAAAUACUACAUCACGCUUGACAGUUAUUCAGAAACACACAAUCGUGGUCCCCGCCGCCGACAAAUCUAAACCCUACAUUCCUCUGGCCGGCUGCGCCGAUGACAGCUGGUCAAAAGAAGAUGAAGCAAUGGCCACAUGCUUCUGUGGCGCCGUGCAUCUGGCAGUCAUAAGUCUGGCACCUGAGUCUAUCCCUCCGUGUACACGGGACAACCUGCCUGCGGGGCUCCCCAUUUCCCCCCUUCCGCCUCUCCCCCCAAAUCCAUCUCAUCUCCUCUGCUCUAACACCGCCUCCCAAACCCCCCAGCCAACCCAAGGCCCGGGCCUGGUCGACACCUCCACCUGCAACUGCGCCGACUGCCACAAACUCACCGCGUCCACGUUCGCAUCCGACUUCACCGUCGCCGACACGCACCUGAAGCACCUGCGCGGCCGCGACGACCUGACGUCCUUCCGCCAAACGCGCACCGUCGCCUCGGGCAACACCAUGACCAACCACUUUUGUUCCACGUGCGGCACGCCCAUGUACCGCGUCGGCUCGGCUUUCCCGGGCCAGAGUAUCCUGCGCAUCGGCACCGUGGACGAUUUCCAUCUGCACGAGACCAAGUUGAGACCCAGGGUGGAGCAGUUUACCAAGGACCGUGUGGGCUGGCUGUGUGGCGUGGAGGGGGUCAAGCAGAUUGAAGGAAACGCUUAUACUCAGGGGGGCACCGCACUGAGCUGGGGGCAGGGGGCAGAUUUCCGUCUCGUUUUCGUGCCGAGACUUCUACGUCGAGAUUUCGGACGACGCCCCGACCGAAGGAUCACUCGGAUGAUGCGCUUAGGGGGGCUUCGGGACAGCGCCUUACCUGAGCAUAGUCUGGUGCCCGAUUGGAGUCCCUAA